CCUGUCUGCUUCGUUGGUGAAAUGAAUGCAGUAUUGUACUUACAUCAAAGUUAUUUAUUCGUGUAUCGUGCAUAAUAUUCUUAUUUACUUUAAUACAAUUAAAGAUCAUGUUUCUUUUUAAUUCAAUUAAGUGUAAAAGCUGACGAAGCUGAUUGCUGGUAAGUUUAUUAUUCAAGGAAGGAACUAAAGUGAUUUUGGACUUGGUUAUAACUUUAGUGAAAGAACGUGCAUUGUCCUAGUUUUCAUAUGGCUGCUAUUUCAGAAACACGGCACUUUCCAAACUCUUGAUUAUGGGUAAGAAGAAAAAUCGGCAAAAUUCUGAUAUGGCUGUAAACGUGGAUUGUACCGAACCUUGGGAUGCGACAAAGAGUGCGGCUGCAACUACAGAAUCUGAUGAGUCCUGUAAACAUAUUUUGAAAGUUUUGAAAAGAUGGAAAAUAUCUGAGAAUUUCAAAAACUCCAGGGAGAAUUUGCAUUGUGGCUACUGCAAAGCAUCUUCAAGUCAGACAGAUUCAAAGAAAAGUCUCCAGCUAUGUCUUUCCUGUGGAGCUAGCUCGUGUGGAUCAGAUGGAGAGAAUCAUGCAAAACAUCACGCUGACACCCCCCGCAGCGAUUCCCAUUAUCUCACUAUAGAUUUGGAAUCAUUAUCCCUAUGGUGUUACGGAUGUAAUAUAGAACCCAUCAUUCCUCAAAAAUGUCGACCCCGCAUUGAUGAGAUCAUAGAGAAAAUUAAGAAUGUUUCGGAAAAACAUCAACCACCUAGAAAGCCACCAUCAAAUUCGGCUUCUGAAAAUAAAGUUCCCAACAAGUUCAACAACAAUCAGUUCUUGGCAUCGAAUAAAGAGGAUAAAAAAGCACUGCCAGUCAAUUCGAAUAAAGUGAAGGGACUGUCGAAUCUAGGAAACACGUGUUUUUUCAAUUCGGUUCUGCAAUGCCUGGCGCAAACGCCCGGCCUGGCCGAGUGUCUGAGGGAGAUGCAGCAGGGCGGCGAGCAGAUAUCCAUCAAUCCCAAGGACUCGGAACCAAUCACGGGUACCCUGGAGAAAGGCGGCGAGAAGAACACGCCAGUGAGCGGAGCGCUGCUGAAACUGAUAUCGGAGAUGGUGUCGUCGGAGGAGGGCGGGGGAGGAGGAUCGAGUGACGUGCGGGGCAGACAGCACGUGGUGGUGCCGAGGGCGCUGAUGACUGAACUCGGCAAGAAGUGUCCGCAGCUCAUGGAUGGAGAUCAGCAUGACUCUCACGAGCUGCUGCGUCAGCUGUUGGACGUCGUGUUCAAUGAGGACCUCAAGCGUUACCGAGGAAUAAUCCUGGAUAAGUAUGGACUGAGAAAGGCGCAACCGGGAGAAGUGUCCGAGGAGAAGCGCAAAUGGCUGAAGGGGCUGGACAACCUGGUGGUCGAGCAGUUUGUGAUGAAGCCCUACGAGGUGUUCCGCGGCACCCUGGUCAGCGAGCUGCAGUGUGAGGAGUGCCUCAACAUCUCCUCGCGCGAGGAGAACUUCCUCGACCUCAGUCUUCCCGUCAAUGUUGAAAAGCCGCAGCCUCCCGCUUUCGCCCGCCGGAAAUAUAUGAACCAAACGAACUCGAUGAACGGCAAACUGCCGCUUCCGCCGAAAGUGAGUGUCGAGGAGAGUAAUACGGAGGAAGCGGCGGCCAAGUCACCGAAGCGGGGCAACCGGCGCGGAGUCAAGCGCAACUUCCAGGUCAUCAGGGACCACGGAGAGGGCAGCAUCACUGAGGAAGAGAAGAAAGAAAACGACGCAGACGUUGAAGACAACGUGGAGAAUGGCGUCGACGAUCAGAAAGAGGUGUUCGAAUCGGGUUACAGUUCAGAGAAACCGGAGUCGUGUCGCACGAGUCCGACGACCGAGAGUCGGCAGGACAACGGAGACGCGGACGACUCGGCCUGCGCGAGUCCAUCUGCGCAGUCGCAAACGCAGACGGCCGAAUGCAGCCAGCAGAAGGCGCAGUCAGCUGCCGUAUCGGCUGCUCUGGCCAAUCUGAAUCCCCAACCGCUUGCUCUGCCUUAUCCUGAGUCCGAGAACAGCUCCGAUUCGGCCGGCUCGCUGCGAGCGAACCCCGGCUUCAGUUCGCCCGAUCUCAGCACCGAAAGCUUGCAGGACAUCGGCCUACUCAGCCAGGACGACUCGCAGUCCUAUCAGUGUCCCACUGGCCCAACCAUCACCGCCCUCGAUGACAACACUAGAUUCGAUGUGAAACCUUCAAGAUUCGAGGAAUUGAAAGAGUUUGAUAACACUAGAUUCGAUGUGAAACCUUCAAGAUUCGAGGAAUUGAAAGAGUUUGAUAACACUAGAUUCGAUGUGAAACCUUCAAGAUUCGAGGAAUUGAAAGAGUUUGAUAACACUAGAUUCGAUGUGAAACCUUCAAGACUAGAAUUGAAAGAGCUUGACACAUCUUUCAGAGCAGAGGAUGUUAGUCAGGCGACAGCAAACUCCAGUAAUUCAAAAGACCAUCAAUCUGGAGAUCGUACCAGCUGCCUAAAUGAAUUGAAUUCAGCGUUGAAGGCGUUAGAAGCAGAUUAUAGUGAUUGCGAGCAACGAGGCUACAACAGCGGUCCAACGAUCGAUUUCGAAUCGGAAUUGAAAGCUCUAGAAGAUGAGAUAUGUACAUCGAAACCACCCUGUCUAAAUAAUCUGGCAGAGCCCGAAUCUGGAGAUUGUAGUGGUGGAUUAACGAUCACUCCCAUUGACGAGGUUUCUGAUGAUCAGCUGGAGGCUGGCCUUCCGUGUCUAGACUACAUCACACCGAUCAGUCGAUCGAAAGAGAGUGAGGAGGCUCCAUGCGGUAACUUGGUGCUGAGACUGUCGGAAGAGGAGCAGGCGUCGAAAAGUGUGUGCUUCAACGAGAGUGUGAUGAACAGUCGGCCGGGGUCGAGGAUGGGACAGCACGCUAGGAGUAGUCCGGUGGGUGGCCACUCUACUAAUCCGCCCGUCGAUGGUGGACUGGUCGAAAAGUUCCUCGAAGACAUGAUUCUCACAGAGAAGUUGAACAACGGACGCGCGUCGCCGCCACAAGGUGAUCCUCCCAGCAACAGUGGACAUUUGGGGUUUGUGUUGGUCGGAGGCAUUACGGCCACCGCUACACCGCCGUUGUCGAGUGAAUGCAUGCGCAGUGUGAAACCGGCCUCGCUGAACAUUUGCUGCAAGGACGAGGAGUGCGAGGCGGCUGCGGAGGGCGAGUGUGAACCGGACGUGAGUGCCGAGGUGUACAAGAAGCACAUGACGCUGGCGCCGCGCUACCAGUGUGAGGAGGGCGAGUGCUCCGUGUUGUCCUGUCUCAACCACUUCACUGCCAUCGAAAUGAUGGCCGGCAACAAUAAGGCUGGCUGUGACAUGUGCACUAAACGACACAACAAAGGAAAAGAGAAAGAUGCAAAGACUGUUUAUACGAACUCCACCAAACGACUGCUGAUCAGUAAACCGCCGCCCAUACUUAUACUUCAUCUGAAACGUUUUCAAGUUCAGAUGCGCUCCUUCAGGAAACUCAGUUGUCAUGUCACCUUCCCACUGGUAUUGGAUAUAGCUCCGUUCUGUUCUAAAUCUUGUGAGAAAUUACUAGAAAAAGGCCAAACUCAACUACUGUACUCACUUUAUGGAGUAGUUGAACAUAGUGGAACGUUGCAUGGAGGCCACUAUGUAGCUUAUGUCAAGGUUCGUGAAGGGGAGCAGAAGCCGAACCAACCUAGGGAAGGCUCCUGGUACUACAUCAGUGAUUCGCAUGUAUCGCCCGUCAAGGAAGAAGCUGUUCUCAGAACGCAGGCUUAUCUUCUCUUUUAUGAAAGAAUAAUGUAGAACUAUUAAUUGGGUCGAAGUGAAUUUUAUAAUGCUCCUUUACACGAUAUUAUAACUAUUUUAAUAAAUUUCCUAUUCGUAAAUAAUUUUAUUAUUUGGUUUAUGAUUUUAAAUUUAGAUGAAAUCCUCAUUGUACAGUCAUACUAUUUAUGAACUGGAUAAUCUUUUUAAAAGUAUCUUGUAAAAUAUUCGAAACGGGUCUUUUCAUUUUAAAUUAUUGAUAAAGAUGCUUUGUAAUUUGAUUGUAAUAAACAAAAUGUUACCUUAAA